AUGGUGUCUUUGAUUCCUUUAGGAUCAUACUGGCGCCAAAGUUGGGGAAACACUCAACGCGAAAACAAAAGCACAGACCACCGCUUAAACCCAUUGACCUGGCCCGACUGUCUCACCUCCGACAACUCCGGCACGCCUCCCCCACAAACUCAACACAAUGUCAACUCUAUCAUCCCCACGUCUUUCCAUUGCCUCAUCCCGAGCCCAUUCGCCGGGUCCAGCCUCCUCCCGCCCAUCGCUCGAUGCUUUGAACACCAACGUCGGCGGGGGCUCAGCGCCGCAUCUACCCCAUCCACUGCACGAGCUGUCUCCCCCUCGGUCCAUCUCCGACGCAAUCGGAGCGCCUUGCGAGACUACUACAACCUCAAGCCACCCGGUGCAGGCACAUCUGCUUCCCGGGAUGCAUCUCGCUCCCGGAGUGUGCCAAGAAACACAGAUGCAGGAGACACUUCCGACAUGACCGCUCUAGCGUCAGGAACGGAGUUGGAUAGUGCAGACUUUGACCCGCAGCGCUAUGUCGACCAUCUCUUGUCAACCUCCUCGCUAGCUACAGUCCUCAAGGCAGAGAACACAUUGGUUGGGGAUAUUCGCACUCUUGACGGAGAGCGGAAGGCGCUGGUCUACGAUAACUACUCGAAGUUGAUUCGCGCUGUAGAGACAAUCGGGAAAAUGCGACGCAGUAUGGAUGAUCGUGGGGCGCCGUUGACUAUGACCAAAACGCUGGGUCCGGCUAUUGCCUUUGUUGCUGAGACUGCUGGCGGGCUCAUCAAAGAGGGCGAGGAGCAGCGGCGGCGAAUGAAAGAGGCGAAGCUGGAAGAUGAGGCUUUGAGUCAAAAGAGUGAAAAAGAUACUGUUCGGUGGGUGCUUGCUGCCCCACAGAGAUUAGAGGAGCUUUUGGCGGAGGAUAAACUAGAGGCUGCGGAGAAGGACUGGAAAGAGAUCCAGCAUUUACUUGACGCUUGGGGUGCUGUCAAGGGGGUUGCUGAGAUUCGGACGGCCUGCGAGAAAGUCAUGGACCGGGCAAGCGACGAUGACUGA